CCCUUCUCUGUUUUUUUAUUACACCUACCUCCCUCUACUUUUAAUUUCUCCUUAAAUCUAAGAAUAAACCGCCUCCUCUCUCUGUGCUCCCAUGGCUUCGAUCUCCAAGCUCUCAAACCCUCCCCUCGCCGCCUCUUCUCCUCGCUCCUCUUCCGCUCUCCGAUCUGAGCCGAAACUCUCUCUCAGCUUCCGCACGGGAGUUCCGAUUCAGAGGCGAGUAUCGCCUCUCCGCCUGUCGAUUCGAACCGAUCGCGUCGAGAGGAGCUUUUUGGUGAGAUGUUCCCAACAAGAUAGAAAUGGUGCUCCAGCAAAGAGUACAACACUCCAUGAUCUUUAUGAGCAGCAAGGGCAAUCUCCAUGGUAUGAUAAUCUUUGCCGCCCAGUAACAGAUCUGCUUCCACUCAUUACAAGUGGAGUGCGAGGAGUUACUAGCAAUCCAACGAUUUUCCAGAAAGCAAUCUCAUCAUCCAGUGCCUAUGAUGAACAAUUUAGGCAGCUUGUAUCAGCUGGAAAAGACAUAGAAAGUGUUUACUGGGCGCUUGUUAUAAAGGAUAUUCAAGAUGCAUGCAAACUUUUUGAACCUAUUUAUGAUCAAACAGAUGGUGGUGAUGGUUAUGUAUCUGUUGAAGUCUCGCCUAGACUUGCAAAUGAUACCAGUGGAACUAUUGAAGCUGCAAAAUGGUUGCACAAGGUGGUUAACCGUCCCAAUGUCUACAUAAAGAUUCCAGCUACUGCAGAAUGUGUUCCUUCUAUAAAAGAAGUAAUCUCAAAUGGUAUAAGUGUGAAUGUUACACUGAUCUUCUCACUACCGAGAUAUGAAGCAGUCAUUGAUGCUUAUUUGGAUGGCCUUGAGUCUUCUGGGCUGGAUGACCUGUCCAGGAUUACCAGUGUGGCUUCUUUUUUUGUCAGCCGUGUCGACACCCUUAUAGACAAGAUGCUUGAAAAAAUUGGGACACCUGAAGCUCUUGAGCUCCGUGGGAAGGCUGCAGUGGCUCAAGCAGCUUUGGCAUAUAAGCUCUAUCAAAAAAAAUUUUCUGGUCCAAGAUGGGAGGCUUUGGUAAAGAAAGGUGCUAAGAAGCAAAGAUUGUUGUGGGCAUCAACCAGUGUUAAGAAUCCUGCAUAUCCUGACACUUUGUAUGUGGAUCCUCUCAUUGGACCUGAUACGGUUUCAACCAUGCCUGAUCAAGCUCUGCAAGCAUUCAUUGACCAUGGCACUGUUUCGAGGACCAUCGACUCAAAUCUGUCAGAGGCUGAGGGUGUCUAUAGUGCACUCCAGAAGUUGGGCAUUGACUGGAACAAGGUUGGGUCUCAGCUUGAAGUUGAAGGAGUCGACUCCUUCAAGAAGAGCUUUGAUAGCUUGCUUGUUAGCCUGCAAGAGAAGGGUGAUUCCCUCAAGCUGGUCAGUCUUUAGGUGAAACCUAGUGGUUCAGUUCCCAGCAAUCAGCUGUCCUAAAUAAACUUGGGUUGGUUUUUUCUACUCAUAAUUUGUACUUCAUGAUAAGUUGUGUGCUUUGUGUACUAAGCAGGUUGUGAAUAAAUUGGUUUCUGAAGUCAUUUUCAUGUUAACUAGUUA